AUGGCUCCUCCAACUAAACGUUCCAGAAAUGAUGACGAUCCAAAAGAGGAAAAAGUAGCAGAUAAGAGAAGCCCAAAAACUGCCUCUCUAGAAAUGGAGACUCAAUCUAAUGAUUCUCAAACCAUCCCCACGAAAUUCCAAGAUUUAACUCUAUCACCACCUACAUUAAAGGCCAUUGAAAAGAUGGGAUUUACCACAUUGACUCCUGUUCAAGCCAGAACCAUCCCUCCAUUAAUGGCAGGUAGAGAUGUCCUUGGUGCCGCCAAGACUGGGUCUGGUAAGACAUUAGCAUUUUUAAUUCCAGCUAUUGAAUUAUUACAUUCUUUGAAAUUUAAACCUAGAAAUGGGACAGGUAUCAUUGUUAUCACCCCAACUAGAGAAUUAGCACUACAAAUUUUUGGUGUGGCUCGUGAACUAAUGGAGUUCCAUUCUCAAACUUUUGGGAUUGUCAUUGGUGGUGCCAAUAGAAGACAAGAAGCUGACAAGUUAAUGAAGGGGGUCAAUAUGUUAAUUGCUACUCCUGGUAGAUUAUUGGAUCAUUUACAAAAUACUAAAGGUUUUGUGUUUAAGAAUUUGAAAGCUUUGAUUAUUGAUGAAGCGGAUCGUAUCUUAGAAAUUGGGUUCGAAGAUGAAAUGAAACAAAUCAUCAAAAUUCUACCUAACGAAGAUAGACAAUCUAUGUUAUUCUCUGCUACACAAACUACUAAAGUGGAAGAUUUAGCAAGAAUAUCUUUGAGAAAGGGACCACUUUUCAUUAAUGUUGCAUCUGAAGAUAAUACCUCUACAGCAGAUGGGCUGGAACAAGGUUAUGUUGUUUGUGAUAGUGAUAAAAGAUUUCUGUUAUUGUUCUCUUUCUUGAAGAGAAACCAAAAGAAGAAGAUUAUUGUUUUCCUUUCAUCUUGUAAUUCUGUCAAAUAUUAUGCUGAAUUAUUAAAUUACAUUGAUUUACCUGUCCUUGAAUUGCAUGGUAAGCAAAAGCAACAAAAGAGAACAAAUACAUUUUUUGAAUUUUGUAAUGCUGACAGAGGUAUCCUAAUCUGCACAGAUGUCGCCGCUAGAGGGUUGGAUAUACCUGCUGUGGAUUGGAUUGUUCAAUUUGAUCCUCCUGAUGAUCCAAGAGAUUAUAUUCAUAGAGUUGGUAGAACUGCAAGAGGUACCAAGGGUAAGGGUAAAUCACUAAUGUUCUUGACUCCAAGCGAACUAGGAUUCCUAAGGUAUUUGAAGGCUGCUAAAGUGCCAUUGAAUGAAUAUGAAUUCCCCACUAAUAAGAUUGCCAAUGUUCAAUCCCAACUAGAAAAACUAAUCAAAUCUAACUAUUAUUUACAUCAAACUGCCAAAGAUGGUUAUAGAUCUUAUUUGCAAGCAUAUGCUUCCCAUUCUUUGAAAACUGUCUAUCAAAUUGAUAAAUUAGAUUUAGCUAAGGUGGCAAAAUCAUAUGGGUUCCCAAUCCCUCCAAAGGUUAAUAUAACAAUAGGCGCAAGUGGCAAGACACCAGCUACGAAAAAGCGCAGAAUAAGCAAGCAUUAG